GUACCGUGGGUGAUGAAGAAGUGUGUAGUCUCGGUGGUCCACAGACACCAGCGACACGUCAGGAGGUUCCGGAUGACUUUCCCAGGCGAGGACAUGGAGGACAUUAGAAGUAUUUGACAUCAAACUGGCACAUCCUGCAGAAGACUUUAAAAGCUGGACACCAUGAACUAUGUGGGUCAGCUGGCUGGCCAGGUGCUGGUCACCGUCAAAGAACUCUACAAAGGAAUCAACCAGGCCACGCUGUCCGGCUGCAUCGACGUCGUGGUCGUCCACCAGAGGGACGGCACCCACCAGUGUUCGCCCUUCCACGUACGCUUCGGCAAGCUCGGUGUGCUGCGCUCUAAAGAGAAAGUGAUUGACAUCGAAGUGAAUGGAGAGCCUGUAGAAUUGCAAAUGAAACUCGGGGACAACGGCGAAGCUUUCUUCGUACAGGAAGCCGAGCAGCUGAAUCUUGUCCCAGCCCAUCUGGCGACAUCCCCCAUACCGACAGAGAGCAACCUUUUCUGGAUAUCAGAGGUGGAGCGCAGGUCGGCCAGCCUUGAAGAUCGGCCGGAGACUCCCCUCCCCACCAGUGUGGCCACGAAAAAGAAGAAGAAACGGAGGAAGAAGCACAAAGGGGACCCCCGAAGGGAAGAACUGACCCCCCCCAUGCCUGUCACUGCUGCUAAUGUUAACGCUGCCAACACACAUGCUGCUGCCGCGAGCCCUGCUGCCUCAACUUUGGGCCAAAACGAGGAGAUAUUUGAGAUGGAACUGAGCUCUGAUGAGGAGGCUCUGGUGCAACAUAUAUCCAGAUCACCUUCAGGGGUCACAGGACGAGACAUUGAUCCAAAACUACCUUCAGCCAGACACAACCUGGAUGGUUAUGCUUUGUCUGAUGGCGACUGGGCAGCAGAUAAUAGCCACAGCUUAUCUCAGGCGUUUUCGCCCAAGAGUGACUCAGAACUGGUGGUGAGACCCUCAGAGUCUUUGCUCAGAGCCGAGUCGCACAUGCAGUGGACCUGGGGAGAGUUUCCAGAAACCACCAGGGUCACAAAAAAGGACAAAGCAGAAUUAAUGAAAACGAUGACCAUCACCCCUUCAGAGAGCACCCACUUCCGUGUCAUCCUCAGCUCAGAGGCCAUGGAAAAUGAGUGUGAGCUUAUGGGAAAAGAGGAAGCGUCCUGCUCUGUGUGCGCCAUCGUCAAGCCAGAGCCUCGCUCCCCUACCACUACCACCAUGUGUGAGGGUCUCGUCACUCUCACAGAGCCUGUGGACGUCCUGCCAUACAAUGUGGUCACCUCCACUCCGUCCAGCCAGCAGAGUGACUCGCCCUCUAAAAAGAAAGGUGUCCCUAAGAGGAGCCACCAUCAGGGCCCUGAGGACAUCUACUUAGAUGACCUGAAGGCACUUGAGCCCGACGUAGCUGCGAGAUACUUUCCCAAAAGUGAGGCCGAGGCGGCCGGUAAGCACUGGAUGGACACAGAGAUCCCGUCCGGUUCUCAGUCGCCGCAGUCGGUGGGAAGCGCUGCGGCAGACAGUGGGACUGAGUGUCUCUCGGACUCCGCCAGCGACCUCCCGGACGUCACUCUGUCGCUGUGUGGAGGCCUCACAGAGAACGCAGAAAUCUCCAAAGAAAAGUUCAUGGAGCAUAUCAUUACCUACAAUGAAUUUGCUGAAAAUCCUGCAAUUAUAGAUAACCCCAACCUUGUUGUAAAGAUAGGAAAUAGAUAUUAUAACUGGACUCUCGCUGCUCCCUUGAUUCUGAGUCUACAAGCAUUCCAGAAGAAUUUACCAAAGGCUGCUGAGGAGGCCUGGAUGAAAGAGAAAAUGCCAAAGAAGUCAGGCCGCUGGUGGUUCUGGCGAAAAAGGGCGGACAGUGCAAUCAAGCAGUCUGAGACUAAGCUUGAAACCAAGGAGGAGUUGCAUUUAGGGGAGGAAGGAUCCUCCAUUGCACAGGAGAAUCUCACCUUAUUGAUUAAGACCACCGACUCUUCCAGCGAUGAGGAGGGCAAAGAGGUGAGUGCUGCGUCGUGUCAGGAGAGACUCCAGCUGAGUGAUGGCCAGCAGCACGCCAGCACGCACACUUACAGGAAGUCACUGCGCCUCUCUUCGGCUCAGAUAGCUAGUCUGAAACUGAAGGAAGGUCCCAACGAUGUGACAUUCAGCAUUACCACCCAGUACCAAGGCACAUGCCGCUGCGAGGGCACCAUCUACUUGUGGAACUGGGAUGACAAAGUCAUCAUCUCCGACAUUGACGGCACCAUCACCAAGUCUGAUGUGUUUGGACAGAUCUUGCCGCAGUUAGGGAAAGACUGGACGCACCAGGGAAUUGCCAAGCUCUACCACUCAGUAGCCGAGAACGGCUAUAAGUUCCUGUACUGCUCAGCGCGCGCCAUUGGCAUGGCGGACAUGACCAGGGGCUACCUGCAGUGGGUCAACGACGGCGGCACCAUCCUUCCGCGGGGUCCUCUCAUGUUGUCUCCCAGCAGCCUAUUCUCCGCCUUCCACAGGGAGGUCAUCGAGAAGAAACCGGAGAUCUUCAAGAUCGAAUGCCUCACUGACAUCAAGAACCUGUUCCAGCACAACAAGCAGCCCUUCUAUGCUGCCUUCGGGAAUAGAGCUAACGAUGUGUUUGCGUACAAGGAGGUGGGAGUUCCUGUCUGCAGGAUUUUCACAGUCAACCCAAAGGGAGAGCUGAUCCAGGAGCAGACCAAGGGCAACAAGUCCUCUUACAGCAGGCUGAGCGAGCUGGUGGAGCACGUGUUCCCGCUCCUAAGCAAGGAGCAGAACGAGGCCUUCCUCAUGCCCGAGUACAGCUCUUUCUGCUUCUGGAGGCAGCCCAUACCAGCCAUCAACGCCGAUGACCUCCUCUGAUCCCUGCAGGCCAUCAGGUACACGCUGAGGAAAGAAUGACAGAACAGACCGCCGUCUUUCAUCACUUUAUGACAACUUUGUGACUCCUCUCUUCAGCACCACCACAGCAACACACUUAAGAGGAUCCCAUCUUUUUUUUACAGGACUUAACUGUAAACGUGAAAGACAAAAGAGGCACCUGUGGUUUGCUGUGCAUGCCGAGAGUAAUAGUUAGCUCAAUAACGCUAGGGGAAAGAUAGGCGUUUGCUUGUUUUUUCCCGUGCCUUCAAGCACUCGUGGACUUGCUGCGGUCAUCAAGCAAGCGUGUUCUUAAUGGCUGCUGCGCUCAAUUUGUACCUGAUGAGUCACAAUAGCUAUUCCAUCUCCAUCAUGCCACUCUCUCCCAACUACUCACUCAAAAGUUCCAUUUUUGGCACACACAUUCUUAUUAGUGUAAAAAGGAAAUCUCUUAUGUACAAUAAAUAAGAUAAUAAACGUUACAUUUAUGUUUCUGAGGCUGUAAUAGAACCAUGCACCGUCUAAUCAAAGUCAAUGAGUCGUUGAAAUGGGACGUUGGUCAUUAUUUAUGUUUAAGUUAUUGUUGGUCGUCAUGAUGCCUUUUUUGCUUUGCUUGAACAAUUAUUGUAAGUCGCUGGACAACUUGCACUAAAUGCUAACAAUAAGCCUUUUGUCCUGUUGUUUCCAAGUCAUGUCACAUUUCAAUAGUGCUACUUAGGUUCAGUCCUCAGCAGUUAAUUCUUCACAUAUGUAUAUAUAAACACAUG